AUGUGUGGCAGCUCACAGCUGACAACUUCAGUUUGCAGGGAGGAUGGGGAGUCGACAGGCAUUACUCUUCUGGAUUAUGUUUCUCUGGCGGAUGGCAAUCUGCUGCACAUGUUGCAACCAGAGCGGGCAACCUACCUUAUAUUCACGUGGCUCGAGAUAGUGGCACAUCGAGAGUUAGUUGACCAAACCCUAGGUGCAUCGAGGAAAGACGGCGUGUCGCACACCUUACGUGCAGCCUAUCGUGCUGUCUACGCUCAACUGCUAGUCGACAGACUCAAAUUCCUCUCGUUCUUCCUCCACAGUGCUCAGAUACCGGAGCCUAUUGCCGUCCUCUGCACUGCCAUAUUCCGGCUGUGUCUAAUCCUCGUGUACAAAUAUCCCGAGCCUAUUGCCGCCGUCUACACAGCCAUAUUCCCUCUGUGUCUGGUCCUUUACUACAAAUUUCCAGACUUCCUGACGGAGUACUUGCUUUCCGAACUGGUGACUGUGCUGCGCAUCACCGGCUAUCUCCUCACAUUCCUCAUCAAUCUUCCCGGUCUUUACACCUUGGCUCUGGCCGCUGCCACCGCCACCACUGAGGCGACGAGAGGGGAGCACGACGGGAGUGAGGCGGUGUCUCAGGAGGCCCCACCUCCACCACAGGGCAGGAAGGCGGGUGGCCAACAGGCCAACGCCGCGAUGCUCUGGUCUGCCCGCGCCACCCAACAUCUCCCCACAUUCGGUUUGGCUGCCAAUCUCCAAUACAACGUCGAGUUGAUAAUGAAUGUAGUUCAGUACAUCUGCAUUACGGCAGUGAAGAGAUUGCGUCGCUGCCUCCUGCUCAAUUGCAUGGCGAAUCAGCUGCGUUACCCACACGCGCACACGUACUACUUCUACAACACGCUUCUCUGCCUGUUUGCGGAGCAGUCGAUGGAGCAGAUGAAAGAGCUGAUUAGUCGUGUGUUGAUGGAAUCAGGCGCCUAA